AUGAAUAAUUUUAUUUUUGCAACCAUUAUAUUGGCCAUGAUUUCAAUGGUAAAUGCUAAAAAUGCAUAUAUGCCGUGCGUUGCUAUAUACCCUUCUAAUACACUAUCCCUUGUAACACUUUCACCUGAUCCUGUCGCUGGAAAACCUUAUGAUUAUACUAUUUACACAGUUCUAGAUAAAGAUGUCAUAAGUGAUGACUAUUUAGAAGUCGAUAUUGUUGAUGAUAAAUCAAAUCCUUUAUCUGAUCCUUUUACUAUGGAUAUUUGUUCUAGUACUGGAAUUAAGUGUCCAAUUAAAGCUUUAACCUUAAUUAAACUUUCAACGGAA